UUUUCGGGUUCUUGUCAUUUUCAGACCACCCCAGGGUGGGCUCGGUGGUAGUUGUCCGUGUCAUGGCUGUGUUGUUAGGUAGCGCCGGCGAUCGUUAGCGAAGUUUAGCAACAACAUCGCAAGAAAAAUUACAUUUCCGUUGUUCUCAAGGGUGUUUUGUAGGGGGGUUAUCUUCUUCCGAAGGGCGAGGCAGGUUUAAUUGAUCUAACGCACAGAGAUAGAGAGCGUUUCAGCUGGGAAGAUGGCCGGGGGCGGUAUGGCGCAGAAGACAUGGGAGCUCUCCAACAGUAUGCAGGAAGUUCAGAGCAUUGAUGAAAUUUAUAAAUACGACAAGAAACAACAGCAAGAGAUCCUAGCUGCGAAACCGUGGACAAAAGACCACCACUACUUCAAGUACUGCAAGAUCUCGGCCCUGGCCCUGCUGAAGAUGGUCAUGCACGCCAGGUCCGGCGGCAACCUGGAGGUGAUGGGCCUGAUGCUGGGCAAGGUGGACGGGGAGACCAUGAUGAUCAUGGACAGCUUUGCCCUGCCUGUGGAGGGCACGGAGACCCGGGUGAACGCCCAGGCUGCCGCCUACGAGUACAUGGCGGCGUACAUCGAGAACGCCAAGCAGGUUGGGCGCCUUGAAAAUGCCAUUGGCUGGUACCACAGCCACCCUGGCUAUGGCUGUUGGCUGUCAGGGAUCGAUGUCAGCACUCAGAUGCUUAACCAGCAGUUUCAGGAGCCUUUUGUCGCUGUCGUAAUUGAUCCAACCAGAACAAUAUCUGCAGGAAAAGUCAAUCUUGGAGCCUUCAGAACAUAUCCUAAGGGCUACAAACCCCCAGAUGAAGGUCCUUCAGAGUAUCAGACUAUCCCGUUAAAUAAAAUUGAAGACUUUGGAGUCCACUGUAAGCAGUAUUAUGCCUUGGAGGUGACUUAUUUCAAGUCUUCCCUUGAUCGUAAAUUGCUGGAGCUCCUUUGGAAUAAAUACUGGGUGAACACUCUCAGUUCUUCAAGUCUCCUUACAAACUCUGACUACACCACAGGGCAGGUGUUCGACUUGUCUGAAAAACUGGAGCAGUCAGAGGCACAGUUAGGCAGAGGCAGCUUUAUGCUUGGUUUGGAUACACAUGACAGGAAGUCCGAAGAUAAAUUAGCCAAAGCAACAAGAGACAGCUGCAAGACUACUAUUGAAGCUAUCCAUGGGUUGAUGUCUCAAGUUAUAAAAGACAAGCUCUUCAAUCAAAUCAACAUAUCCACUAACUAAGCAAAUGGACAGAGAAUACUACCGUGUGUGGAUUUUUAAGCACCAUAACUGAGUUGUGCUUUUUUGAUGUCGGUUGUAUGUUUUCUGGAUCUUCAGAUAAUAAAUACCCCUUGUCCAAUACGGAUAUGCGUAAGCUAUUGCACCAAUAUACAGUAGUUUGCACUUUGCUAUAAGUGCUACAACCCUAGGCCUGGUUUAUUUUUUUACAGUAUCAUUUAGAAAUAUCUCUUGAUUUCACAAAAUAACCUGAAUGCCCACAAAACAAAAGUGCCAUAGCGAAGUGUGUGUUUGCAUCACUAGAUUUUGUUUUUUGAUUUUUUGGGGGGUUAUAUGCUGAUUUACAUAUUCUAAACAAACAUAAAGCACAGUGUGUGGGCAAUGGCAUUUCCAGUGUUUUUAAUGAAUAUGCAGGCCUUUUUCCUAAUGUUGCACGGCUUUGUUGGUGAAGUGCAGUACGUGGCUGAGCUGUGUUCUGUCCAGACCAGAAGUUGGCCUAUGACUAGAACCCACUUAAGUGAUUUUCAGAUCGGAGUUGGGCGUCAGUCUGUUCAAGGAGCAUCUCUGAGAGGUUUGUAUAAGUGGAGUUGGGUUCAUUUGCAGGGAUAUGUGUGCCGAGUCCUGUAAUUGUCACAGCAUGACAAUGACAUUCAAAGAUGUUCCAAAACUGAUUCCAGUGUAAUAAAAGUUUGUCAAGUAAUAAAGACAGAAAAUACUUUUUAA